AUGGCCGCUGAACACUAUCAAAGGUCAAGAAAAGUGUCCGGGUCGCUACAAGAGGGAGGCAAGGAGACGGAGGAGGCAAGGAGACUGAGGAGGAGGCAAGGAGACGGAGGAGGAGGAGGCAAGGAGACGGAGGAGGAGGAGGCAAGGAGACGGAGGAGGAGGAGGCAAGGAGAAGGAGGAGGAGGAGGCAAGGAGAAGGAGGAGGAGGAGGCAAGGAGAAGGAGGAGGAGGAGGCAAGGAGAAGGAGGAGGAGGAGGCAAGGAGAAGGAGGAGGAGGAGGCAAGGAGAAGGAGGAGGAGGAGGCAAGGAGAAGGAGGAGGAGGAGGCAAGGAGAAGGAGGAGGAGGAGGCAAGGAGAAGGAGGAGGAGGAGGCAAGGAGAAGGAGGAGGAGGAGGCAAGGAGAAGGAGGAGGAGGAGGCAAGGAGAAGGAGGAGGAGGAGGCAAGGAGAAGGAGGAGGAGGAGGCAAGGAGAAGGAGGAGGAGGAGGCAAGGAGAAGGAGGAGGAGGAGGCAAGGAGAAGGAGGAGGAGGAGGCAAGGAGAAGGAGGAGGAGGAGGCAAGGAGAAGGAGGAGGAGGAGGCAAGGAGAAGGAGGAGGAGGAGGCAAGGAGAAGGAGGAGGAGGAGGCAAGGAGAAGGAGGAGGAGGAGGCAAGGAGAAGGAGGAGGAGGAGGCAAGGAGAAGGAGGAGGAGGAGGCAAGGAGAAGGAGGAGGAGGAGGCAAGGAGAAGGAGGAGGAGGAGGCAAGGAGAAGGAGGAGGAGGAGGCAAGGAGAAGGAGGAGGAGGAGGCAAGGAGAAGGAGGAGGAGGAGGCAAGGAGAAGGAGGAGGCAAGGAGAAGGAGGAGGCAAGGAGAAGGAGGAGGCAAGGAGAAGGAGGAGGCAAGGAGAAGGAGGAGGCAAGGAGAAGGAGGAGGCAAGGAGAAGGAGGAGGCAAGGAGAAGGAGGAGGCAAGGAGAAGGAGGAGGCAAGGAGAAGGAGGAGGCAAGGAGAAGGAGGAGGCAAGGAGAAGGAGGAGGCAAGGAGAAGGAGGCAAGGAGAAGGAGGCAAGGAGAAGGAGGCAAGGAGAAGAGUAAGUAA